AUGGUUGCAAGAGAACGAAAGUUCUGUUCAGUUUGUCAUCAACUCGGAGACGGCUUUCAUUUCGGAGCCAUCGCUUGCAAGUAAGUCACCGUCAACUAGAAGCUCGACAAAAAGCACCGUAUUUCAGAGCAUGUGCCGCUUUCUUCCGACGUACCACUUCCAUGCACUUGGCGUCAAAGUUUGUGUGCCGGAAGAGCAACGAGUGCGUGAUAAAGAUGAGCAAUCGGGACAGUUGCAAGUCGUGCCGAUAUGCAAAGUGUUUGAGUGUUGGCAUGAACCCUGAAGGUAACAAAUAUGAUCUUCAAUUUAGCUACCCCGACCUCUAAAACUCGUUUUUCCAGUUGUACAAGCCAUCUCAACUCCUGACAUCGAGAGCCUUCCCUCCUCCUCCUCCUCCUCGCCCUCCUCAUGCAACAGUCCCGUGCUCAGUGUGAGCUCCCAACCCUCUUCUCUCACUCGGAUCCAAUCGGUUUUCAGUUGGACCUCGACGGCUAUCAUCAAAUGACGCCCACGCUUUGCGCAGUGAUGGAGAGCUAUCAGAAGUUGUACCGGAAACGGUAUCACUUGCACGCUCCGAAAGCAGUACGUCCUAUACUUCUUCGUUAUUUUUCAGUUUGACGGUACUCAUAUUCAGACGCCGAAAUCGACGACGUACGGAGAGUUUAGUCAGGUGUACAUCAACGACGUCUAUCUGCAAUACGAGUUUCUCGAAGACUGCUUUCCGCAAUUCAAACAAAUGGGCUCGUUCGAGAAGAAGCGCGUCUUCAAGUCGUUCUUCGUCUCGUUUCUCAUUUUGGAAAUGGGCUACAAGAGCUAUCUGGAGGGCACCGAAGUCUUCGUGCUCGCCAACGGCGACUUUAUCGAUACGAUGAACCUGGAUCAGUUCUAUUAUGAUCCGGAGCACGUGGAGAGAUGCAAACCGAACGACGCCAUCAAGUGAGUGGCCGUGGCCUAGGAAUCUCAAAGACUAUGAUGACUUUCAGAAUGUACCGUCCGUACUUUGAUCAAAUGAAGAGAAAUGUGUUCAGGCCGUUGUGUCAUCAAAGAAUUUCGCUGAUCGAGUUUCUUGCAUUGGUCACACUCACCACCUGGAACGAUUGUGGGUGUAUGCACAGAAAAAUUAGGUGUACUAUAUAAGUUUUCAGCAAUUGACGGACAACCGGACGGUUAUUAUCCUCACUGUGAACCCAUCAAACGGAAAGUCAUCUCCGAGCUAAUGACGUUUUACGAAAAAGACUCUCCGGACGUGGAUCCGGCCUUCAGACUCUCCGGCCUACUCAUGUUGCUUCCAGCUCUAGAGGUUUUGCGGAUACUGUUUAGAAACACGGCAAUAACUCAAGAAUGACGGGUUUUGGGAUAAAAUGAUCAACUAGACAAUUGUUCAGCAUGAAAAUUACAACAAUUUUUCAGUUGAACACUUUUUGAAAUAACGGCUAGAUUUUGAGAUGUAGCUGUCCAAAGAAGUACUUUGAUACCCACUAAUUUUUAGUGAUACGCUGCUUCCUUUAAGUUAACUUUUUUCCAGCGAUCCGUGGAGUUGUUCAUGCAAACCAUGGAAGUGAAGCGUCUGUUCCGUUGUUUUGCCUUCCACGACAAGAUUUACCAAAUUUGCAGCGGACAAUAA